CAGCGGGUCUCAUGGAGUAUACACCAGAGCCGGAGAGCGAAGACGAACACAUAUACGAACGAGACGAAACCGGACUACUGGACUACAGAUUACGGGCCACACACCCAACGCACUCGUGGUACUAUUUAAGGACCCCCCGGACGUAUCUUCUCGUAUUGAUAGCUAUACUAUGUGCGGUAGUGGGAAUGAGUGCCUAUAAACUGACGACGUACCACCACAAAGUACUUGCACUGGAACACGAGAUAGAGACACUGGAGCAGCAACUGCAAAGCCAUCCGGGAGAUAUUACCAAAUUAGUCACAGAUACAGACGCAGUCAAGGGAUCGAAUAGUACACAAGAUGCGCUGCUUGUUGACGAGAGUGAUGGUGAGGGCACAGAGGAGCCGCAAACAGCAGUCGAUGACGAAGAAGAUGCAGAAGAUGAGGAUAACGAAGACGAUACGGAUGUAGAUGGAGAAGGUGACGAAGAUGGUGAAGAUGUAGAUGGUGCAGGCGACAAAGAUGAGAAGGAUGAGCAAAAUUCGGAUGAACCGGCGACGCCACCUCCUGCUGUGAUCGCUAUGGCUGUGAUAAAUGACGAGCACAUACUGCACACCACUCGUGACGAGUUUGUGUCGUAUACUAUCGAUACCUCACGCAACAGAGAGUUCUUCGACACCGACCUCACUGAUCAGCGCAUCAGCUAUCUGGCCAAGGCAAUCAGCCCUGCGUUCGUGCGUGUGGGGGGGACCGGUAAUGACUGGCUGACGUACCAGCUUGGUGAUGAAAGCGACUGCAAACAAAAGGGGGAAGUCACAAGCCACGGGUUUCAAGGUGAAUGCAUGAACGCCACGUGGUUCGAUAACCUAAUGGGGUUUGCCGAGAGGGCUGAGGCCAAACUGAUUUUUGGGCUGAAUGUCCUGUACCCGUGGUGGCCGUAUGGCAACGAGGGCCGAGACGAGAAGCCCAUCGAAUACUCUACGUGGAACUCGUCCAACAGCGCCGAGUUGCUGCGCUAUGCCGUUCAGAAGAAGUAUCCGUUGUGGGGGCUAGAGUUGGGUAAUGAGGAGAACGUGCGCAUGACCGGUAAAGAUACAGCCAAGCACUACAAUACGCUAUCUACCCUUCUGGAUGAGAUCUACGGGAGCACAGAUAUGUCCAGGCCCGAGUUAUUGGGUCCCGAUCCCCAUUCACACUUUAUCAAUGCCUGGCACUGGAAUAAAGACGGUGCCAGAGAGUGGGCAGCUGAUUUUCUGGAGGGUAUUGGGUCAGAGCUCACGGCCUUUACCUACCACGAGUACACAGGUAUUGUAGACGAAGAAACCACCUUAAGCCCUGACAUUCUCAACUACGGUGCGCAAACGGGCGACAGAGCCGCAGAGGCUGUAUCGGCGUACAAUGAGAAAGCCAACGGCCGGGUGGAGGUGUGGGCCGGAGAGAUAGGCAACCAGAACGAAGGCGGCACUGAAUGGGGUGCGACGUUUGGUACGAGUCUGUGGUACGCCGACUCGCUCGGCCUCAAGGCCACCCAUGGACACUCGGUGUAUCUAAGGUGA